AACCAAAGAUUUUUUUCUUUCAAUUAAAAAUUUUCAUUUAGAUAUUUCAUACCAGAGUUGUUUAAAGACUUUUUAACUUCAUUAGAUUAAGUACUUAAAGACAAGAUGGCUACUGAAUUAACCGUUCAAUCUGAAAGAGCUUUCCAAAAGCAACCACACAUCUUUACCAACCCAAAGGCUAGAGCCAACAGAAAGACCAAGAGAUGGUUUAAGGAAGUUGGUUUAGGUUUCAAGACCCCAAAGGCCGCCAUUGAAGGUACUUACAUUGACAAGAAAUGUCCAUUUGUCGGUACUGUUUCUAUCAGAGGUAAGAUUUUAACCGGUACUGUUGUUUCCACCAAAAUGCACAGAACCAUCAUUAUUAGAAGAGAUUACUUACAUUAUGUUCCAAAAUAUAACAGAUACGAAAAGAGACACAAGAAUGUUGCUGCUCAUCUUUCCCCAGCUUUCAGAGUCCAAGAAGGUGAUGUUGUUACUGUUGGUCAAUGUAGACCAAUCUCUAAGACCGUUAGAUUCAACGUCUUAAAGGUUGCUGCUGCCGCUUCCAAAGCUAAGCAAUUCUCCAAAUUCUAAGGUUAAACAGGAAAAAGAUUGAACUAUAUAUAUCAACCGUACAUAUAAUUUAUUUCCUUUCUUUAAUGUUACAUUAGUAUAAAUAUAUAAAAAUCAUCAUAUACAUAUAAUUAAUUUUC